CCCCAAUCUCCACAGCUCGAGCUGCCUCCCUGCUCUGCCCUGCCCGCGAGAUCCCCAACCUCCAGCCUCUCACGCGCCUCUUUUAAUGCGCGAAUCGCCCCCUACUUAUUGGGUUAGCGCCCUAAACUCACAAGCCCGUCAUCACGGACAGACAGCGCACACAAACGUACACCAACCUCGUCGAGCGAACGCAAGGCCGAUCGGAGCAACGAGACCCGCAGCCAUGGCCGCGGCCGCUCCCCGCCACGCUGAGCUCCUCCUCGCCCUGCUGCUGCUUGUCGGCCUUCUCUCCACGACAGCCCUCGCCGCGCGCGCCGGCGCAGGCGCCGUCGACGCGGAGCUCAUCACGUCGUCCAAGAAGCCCUCCUCCCCGGGCCCCAGGAAGCCCGCCGUGAAGCCGCCGCCCGUGGUGCCCAAGCCAAACCCCAACCCCGGCGCGGGCGCGGGAGGCGUCGGCGGCGCUAUCCCGACCAUCCCGGGCUUCGGCAACGGCAUCCCCGGGAUGGGCGGGUUCGGGAACGGCAUCCCCGGUAUGGCCGGCGGGUGGGGCGGCGGCUACGGCGGGCCGGCGGGCGGGUACGCGCGCGGCGGCGUGGUGGCGCCCACGGUCACCUGCACCGAGAAGGGGCCCUGCUACAGGAAGAAGGUCACCUGCCCCAAGAAGUGCUUCUCCUCCUACAGCGGCGCCGGCAAGGGGUAUGGAGGCGGCGGCGGCGGGGGCAGCUGCACCGUCGACUGCAAGGUCAAGUGCACGGCCUACUGUUGAUUGGCUCACCUCUAUCGCCGGUCACCACGCAGCAGUGAGCUUACUGGACAGCUGGCUGUUGGUGUGACCGCGCGCGUCGGUGAGUUAAGAGUACGAGACCACGAGUUGUUAUCGUUAACUGCAGUGUCAUAACAGUACUAGGCUUUGUGAUGUGAUGCAGGCUCCAUGCUUUGUUAGUAUGUUUGAGAUGCUCUGCUUAUGGUGUGUAAUCCUCUGCGUUAUGCUCUUACUUCUCAUAAAGUUUAUAGGCAAUGUCGGUGUCAAAUCCACUAUGAAUCAAUAAAGAGUUUUAUAGACAUAAAUGUGUGUCUUUUUUUACUUGUACCAUGUGGAGUGAACCAAGUUGUUGAAGAAUUCUUGCAAAUAAGAUUUUUUUAUCGUGGAUGACAA